UGUUGAGUGGAGUCUCGAGUGUGAGAAACUACGUCUUCUGACGGAUCAUUGCUGAUUCGCAGUUUUGCAUGUGCCGUCGAAUCCACAAAGCUGUUGCUCACUUUACUGCUUGAUAGCUGAUUUCAAUUGGUAUUUCGGGCGCAUUAUUUACGGCCAGCGCUCUCCUCGACUGGCGUUAUUUGAAUUGUGGAACCACUAAAAUGCAAAUAAGACCGCUCUUCUAAAACGGGGCGUGGCAAUGCGGGCGUGCUAAAAAUGUAAAAUCAACAAUGUGUACACACAAGGCCUGAUCAAAAAUUUGAAUGGAAAACAAAGCCGACUAGCAACAAGCCCAGCAACGUGAACAACAACGAGAGAGAGAGAGCUUCAAGAUAAUUAAUAUCUACUUGCGAGGGCAUAUUAAAAUGGGCCUGGCAGUGUUCCUGAGCCUGGGUCUGGGCCCGGGAUGUCCUCGCCUCACCGUGGCACUGGCUCUGGCAGUGCUAAUUAGCUUCUGGCCAACUGGCAGUCUUGGAGCAGCGGCUGUUGACUGUACCGAUUGGUUGAGUCCCAGUGAAUGCAGCAACAAUAAUAACACGGUCACUGGCAAAGGCAACAGCAACAAUCACAACAAAAUUGGCAACAAUGACAGCAACUAUAUGGCUGGCAGCUCGUCGUUGGACCAUCUAAAUAGUUCGAUGCGGCCAGACAAUCUGCUGGAAAUGGAUCUGGAACGGGACGGAGAUAAUUGGCCAUUGGAGCGAGUCGUCUCCAUUAUUGUGCCCGUAUUCUUUGGCAUCAUUGGCUUCGCCGGACUCGUUGGCAAUGCGCUCGUCAUAUUGGUGGUGGUCGUCAACCAACAAAUGCGCUCAACCACAAACCUAUUGAUUAUCAACUUGGCCGUCUCGGAUAUACUCUUCGUCAUCUUUUGCGUCCCAUUUACCGCCACCGACUAUAUUCUACCGGAAUGGCCAUUUGGAAAUGUUUGGUGCAAAUUUGUGCAGUAUAUGAUUGUGGUCACGUGCCACUGCAGUGUCUACACCCUUGUCCUGAUGUCCUUCGAUCGCUUUCUAGCCGUUGUGCAUCCAGUCACAAGCAUGUCCCUCCGCACCGAACGCAAUGCCACCCUUGCCAUUAUGUGCGCCUGGAUAACGAUUGUAACAACAGCUAUACCCGUGGCCUUGGCCCACUCAGUACGGAUCUAUCAGUAUCAUGGACGUGCUGGGACCGCCUGCGUUUUCUCCACGGAGGAGGAGGUCUGGAGUCUGGUUGGCUUUCAGGUUUCAUUCUUUUUGUCAUCGUAUGUGGCCCCGUUGACGCUGAUUUGCUUUCUAUAUAUGGGCAUGCUGGCCAGAUUGUGGAAAAGUGCACCCGGCUGCAAGCCAUCGGCCGAGUCACGCAAAGGCAAGCGACGCGUUACCCGCAUGGUUGUCGUUGUGGUUUUGGCAUUUGCAAUUUGUUGGCUGCCCAUCCACGUUAUACUGGUGCUGAAGGCUCUCAACAUGUAUGGUGGCACACACCUAACGGUUAUCAUACAAAUAAUAUCCCAUGUGCUGGCCUACACAAACUCCUGCAUCAAUCCCAUACUCUACGCCUUUCUAUCUGACAACUUUCGCAAGGCGUUCCGCAAGGUCGUGUGGUGUGGCAGCCCGCCCCCAAUUGUGACAAACCAGCAGAUGACAAAGACCACAAGAACUGCAACCGGCAACGGCACGUCCAACAUUGAAAUGCUCUAAGCUGUUUGCAGUUAUUAGAUCUGGAUUAUCUAUAUAUAUUUAUAUGGCAUAUUUGUGUAAAUUACGAGCUCUAUAUGCAAUUAAUGAGUUUUAACUAAAAUUAAUGCACUUAUAUAAUGCGAAUGUAUCAGACUAAGCAUAACUUAUACACGCUAUGUUAUUUCACACCAAACAAAUGGAUUUUGGGUUUGAAAAUAGGUAAAUAUGUGGGAAUUUUGUUAUUAAAAAAAAAAAAAAUACGCAAAAAGAAAUUAAAUGGGUAACAAAUACAGCAGUCCUAUUAAAAUUAGUACUAUUACAAUUUGUUUUGUUUUUCGAUGUUCAAACAACAACCCAAAUAUGUAUAAAAUGUUAUGCACAUUUGAUAUUGAACAAAUUAUACUUAAACAAAAAAAACAAAGGAUUCCUAUGAGCUUAGCGCUAUUGAAACUUUUCAACAAUUGAAACAACAACAUCGGGAACAGAAAUUCCAUAUUAAGCAACAAUGUGUAACAAUUUGUAUCUCGUUUAUAGACGCAUUUGUCUUGGUUGAAAUCACAUUAAGAUUUCCUUUAUCUAUUAACAAUAAUUUCUGGUGAACUGAUUCUGAUUCGUCUUUAAUUUUAAACUGAGUACAAAAUGUUCCAAGUCAAACAACAUUGCUUUUUCAAUUGAGUUAGAUAUAUCUUUCAACAACACCAUACCGAAAUAGACUUUUAUUAUUUUAUUUAUUCAUGCUGAGAUCGGUUUUAAUCUGUUAUAUUUUAGCUUCCGUCAAAAAAAAUAUUAUUAAUUUCAAAGUGCAUUAGUAUCAAUGAUACUAAAUAAAUUACGCUAAUUUUUCCACUCCUUUGUUGCCACAACUCAAAUGAUUAUUCAGCAGAUUAAAUCAUAUAAUCCAGUCAUAUCUAAUUAUUAUUAUAAGCUCUCAA